GUACAAAAGUACUACCAGAGAAUUUUCUGUUGUACAAGAGUACUAGAGAGUUUUCUGUUGUACAAUAGUACCAGAGAGUUUUCUGUUGUGCAAUAGUGCACCCCUGCAAAAAGGGGGUUAGUUAAUCAGGACACUAUAACAAAAUAGCUGUCUUCUAUAAGGAAUCAAUCAUAAAAAAGCUCCACCAGACAUUGACAUCCUAUGAUAAGACUAGAACUAUGAACUAACUGCAGUUAUAAUGAAAGAUCAGGACAUCAGUACCAGUAGUUAAUCCAUUUACAUAUUUAUAUAUACUCCAUCCACAGGGGGGGCCUCUCUACCGGGUACAUAUGUGGAUAAACUACUAGGUGGACGAUCCGACUAACCCUCCACGAGGGCUCACAUCUACUGUUAUCAAUCAAAUAUUGGCGCCAUCUACUGUUAUCAAUCACAUUAAACCUUAUCUUUAUCUUUUAAGUGAAAACUACGGAUGUGAAAGUGAACACAUAGAUGACGUGGUCCCUAUAAUUUGAUGUGAUGUCGUGAUAACGGAUGUGAUGUUGUGACAUUCGUUAGGAUUUGGUAGCGGAUGUGACGUGGUCAUGCAAGUAGUCUUUUUCUAUUAAAAGAAGAAGGCUGACUGGUUUAUUAUCAAUACUAUCAUGGACGCACUGAGAGUUAAGGGUUCCCACGUUACAUCCCUCACUAUCAUCCCUGACUCUUUUUCCUGUAGGAAAUGAGUCAGGGAUGUUCUGAGGAAUGGAAUUCCUAAACCUCUAAGAAAGGGAAUGCUUUCAAAUGUCUCACUCGUAUAGGCACGACUGCUGUGACACGGCGAGCAUUAGCCCACUUCUCGAGGGCAGCCGAGGCCGCCAAUGAAUGAAUGAGCCUGAUACUGCUUUUCCAGGUACUAACGAGAGAAAAAUCAGUACCGUACGGUCUACAAAAUGAUAGUACAGUAGGAAGUACUAC